AUGUCACAGGAGACAGACAAUAAGCGUUUGGUGGUGGUGGUCCCCAACGACAGCUCCUACCCUGCAGUGCGGCGGGCCUACACCAGCGAGGAUGAGGCGUGGAGGUCGUACCUGGAGAACCCACUGACAGCUGCCACCAAGGCCAUGAUGAGCAUCAACGGGGACGAGGACAGCGCCAACGCCCUGGGCCUGCUCUACGACUAUUACAAGGUGCCGAAAGAAAAGAGGCUUCUGCCAGUCCCUAAAGUGGUUGAGGUUACAGAGGAGCAGGAGAAAAGGUCUGCGUUGCAUAGCAACCCCAGCAGCCAAAGCGAGGUGGAGACAGUGGACAACCGUGUUCAGGUCCUCAAAUCUGUCCCCGUCAACCUGUCACUCAACACGGAGCACCCAGAGACCAAACGGGAGCCCUUCAACAGCACGGCGGGAGCGGGUUCAGGGGACGGAGGCUCGGCAGCCGUUGCUGUGGUAAAGGCAGAGGUGUACGCACCCGUCUUCAUGGCGGGAAGCGGGAUUCACUACAGGAUGGAUGGGGAGGAGUCAGCGAGGGUGAUCUACGAGCAGAGUCCAUAUGAGGUGACCACUGUCAGUCACAGCUCCUACGUCAAAGAAGACCAGCAGAGUCCGCCUGACAGCCCGUAUGAGGAGGAGAGAGAUGGGGUGAGAAGAGACGCCUUGAAUGACAGCUUCCAGUACACGUUGGAUGCCACUCGCUCACUGCGUCAGAAGCAGGGCGAGGGGCCAAUGACCUACCUAAACAAGGGCCAGUUCUACGCCGUGACGCUCAAUGAGCUCAGCGCCAACAAACGCCUCCGUCACCCCAUCAGCAAAGUCCGGAGCGUGAUCAUGGUGGUGUUCAGUGAAGAUAAGAACCGAGACGAGCAGCUUAAAUACUGGAAGUACUGGCACUCUCGGCAGCACACGGCCAAACAGAGAGUCCUCGACAUCGCUGAUUACAAGGAGAGCUUCAACACAAUCGGCAACAUCGAAGAAAUCGCCUACAAUGCCAUUUCCUUCACCUGGGACGUGAAUGAAGAGGCAAAGAUCUUCAUCACGGUCAACUGUCUGAGCACAGACUUCUCCUCUCAAAAGGGGGUGAAGGGUCUCCCUCUGAUGAUCCAGAUCGACACCUACAGCUACAACAACCGCAGCAACAAGCCACUGCACAGGGCAUACUCACAGAUCAAGGUCUUCUGUGACAAGGGAGCAGAGAGGAAGAUCAGAGAUGAGGAGAGAAAACUGUUUCGCAAGAAGUCAAAAGGUUUGAGCUGCAAUUUUAGAAAAGACGGAGGCGUAGGUGUGAUAACCGUUUCCAAGAAGUCUGACACCACCCAUUUCAAGACCAUGACCGACUUGGAAGCGCAGCCCGUCCUUUUCAUCCCAGACGUUCACUUUGGCAACCUGCAGAGGGCCGGACAGGUGUUUACCUUCAACACAGAGGAGAUCGAGAGAGAAGGGAGUGUGUUGGUGAAGAGGAUGUUCAGGCCGUCAGAUGAAGAUCUGUGUCCGUCACCUCAGAAACAGAUCAAAGAAGAGACACACAAGAGAGUGCUGUUGUAUGUAAGAAAAGAGAUGGACGAGGUCUUUGAUGCUUUGAUGCUCAAGUCUCCAACACUCAGAGGCCUGAUGGAUGCAAUAUCAGAAAAGUACGGCGUGCCGACGGAGAGGAUAGCCAAAGUGUACAAGAAGAGUAAAAAGGGGAUCCUGGUGAACAUGGACGAUAACAUCAUCGAGCAUUACUCCAACGAAGACACCUUCAUCCUCAACAUUGAGAGCUACGCGGACGCCUACAAGAUCACACUGACGGAGAUCUGA